CUGGUAGGAUUGGAGCAGCUGGUAACAUACGUCAAACGAGCGUUCUUCAUAAAAGCCAUUACUGAGUAAAAUAACAAGUUGUUUGUACGUCAUUAUACAACCCUCACCAAACAGCGCCAAACAGACGAGUUUGAGUCGCUUAGUUUCUCUUCUCCCGUUAUUGGAAUUAUUCAGGAGCGCGACAACACUGAAGCCAAGAGCGCUAUUACCACUUGGUGUUACACUUUCGAGCACAAAUCUUGAGACCACUGAAAAGGAAAGAUGGAUACGAAAUUUCUCUUCUUCAUCGGAUUGUUUUCCAUCGCUCAAAUUCCCGUUGGGCAAAGCCGAACCGGGGAAGCAUCCCCCUGGGCUUGGGCGUGCCGAACUGGCAGGGGAUGUGUUAAAGUGGCAAAAGAUUUACCUGUAGAAGAAGGUGAUAACAUGAACAACCCAACGUUGGCAGGUUGCAAAUUAACUUGCAAUGACGAAUCGGUGCUAUGGCCAAAACCCCGCGACGCAAUCUAUCUCUCAAAAACCCUUGUGUCUUUCCUUCCGGUCGACAUCCGCAUCAAUCGAAUCAACGCACCAAGUUCCGAGGUUAAAUCGUUGACGAAUGAAGCGAUUGCAAUAUUCCGUGGCGUCCUCCGCAAAAGUAUUCCGGAAGCAUUCCGACGCCGCAACCAAACAGCAAAAGAUGGACAGCGGCCGCAAAUUCAUAUUGAAGUGUCUAUCACGUCAGGUGACGUAAGGCUCGGGAUGGAAACGCAAGAGUCUUACAAUUUGCACGUGAAAACGAUAUUCGCCACUGCGGCCACACCUGCUAAUCCGCGCAGCACAACAUCCGUUUCCAUCACGGCAACGACUUUUUUCGGAGCUCGUCACGCCAUUGAAACUUUGUCGCAAAUCAUGGCCUGGGAUAAAACUCUGGAAUCGAUGAUUAUGUUGACGGAUGCCAACAUAUCCGACUCGCCAGCCUUUGUUCACCGUGGUCUCAUCAUCGACACGUCGCGUAAUUUCUUCAGCGUUCCAGUAAUCAAGAAGAUUAUCGACGCCAUGUCCUACGAUCAACUCAACGUAUUCCAUUGGCAUCUGACCGAUUCGCAAUCCUUCCCGUUCGUGUCGACUCGGGAGCCAAGACUUGCGCUCUACGGAGCGUAUUCCUCCGAUCAAGUUUACCACCCUGAAGAUAUCAAAGAAUUGGUCCACUACGCCACAGUUAGAGGAGUCAAGAUAGUUCCGGAAUUUGACGCACCAGGUCACGUUGGCAGCGGGUCGUUACCGCAUGCUCAAGGAGAUCCGCAACAACAGAAAGAGAUCCAAGAGCGAGGUGACCGCCUUCAACGAUUUCGCCUCGCUUUGGAACGUUACCGUCUUCUUGAUGUCAACAAGAUUUUGCUUGGAUGUGUUAAUGGCUGGGAUCUGCUCCGUCAACAGGUGCAUGAUAUGAAGGAUGAACAUCGCAUGGUCCUUAAAGCUUUGGCUGAUCACCACCUUGGAGUCGACACACCUUUGGAAAGCGCUGUUCAACGUGCUCAAUCGAGCACUUCACAAGAUCCUUCGCAAGGUGCAUGGCGGCCGCAUCAACACUGGGGUACUUAA